UGCAACAGCCUCACUCCGAUCAGACUUCCCGUUAGCUUUCAUUCAGCCAGCCUUAUGACAGUCCAGCUGCUGUGGCACCUUGUUGGAGCAAAUUAGAGGCAAACUGGUGGGAAGUGACCACUGCUUACAAACAUCUUCCCUGGAAGUCUGAGGAAGGAUCUGGGAGAGUUUUGUCCGUGCGAGAAGGAAAGCAGGCGCUCAGUUCCUCCAGAACCUUGUCUGUGCUGAAGGUGAACAUGUCUUUUAUACUCACAGGACAGACCAGGAUGGCGAGUUGUGGCUCGUGUUUCUGGUGCAUCAUUUGGCUGGUGGUACUGCUGUGCAUUGGCUGGCCAAUCAGCAUCACCUUAGGCGGUCUCUAUGGUCUCUUCAGCCCCCUCACCACCUGCCUUGGCCUCGAUCGACUUUCUGACUUACUGCUGGAGGGGGCCAACAUAGGCCGGACCUGUGCCAACAACAUGAGGCACUGCAAGCCUUUGUGCUGAGAGUCACCCUGAGUGAUCAGGACCUGAUCACAGAGGGGUCAAAGGCAACUCCCGUUCUAUAGCAACAAAGCUUCUUCACAGAGAUAGGAGCCGAUGGUGUCUGUUUUACUUUGUAAUGAGUGGCAUUUGAUAAACUGGCAUUCUGUCUUGUAACCUCUGUUACCAAAAAGUUUGAACACUGGUUUCCACCUCUGCUGUUAACACCUAAUUAACCUCGGAUUUCAGUUUUGUGUGCAAGAAAAUAGGCUUUGCAUUCAUGGUCCAUGCUCUCUGUAUAAUUCAUGGUGACACUGCCUGCAGAAGAUAAGAAUGAAAAUGGCAUUUUAACAAUAGAACUGUUUAGACUUGUAAAGCACUGUACUGAAACCUAGAAUGCGAUUAAAACUGCUUUAAGCUCGUCCUCUGUGGUUGCUGAUGGACUCGUAAUGUGUACUGUUUAAUUAGGAAGCAAACAGAAAAACAUUGACAGUUUGACAUAUGAACAACAUUUUAAUUCUUAUAACACACAUGUUGUGUUUAAAUAGUUCAUUUAUUCAAUUCAAUUCCAGUACUAAAAUACUUUACUAAUGAAAAAGGAAAAAAAUAGUUAUUGUAACUUGCUUUAUACAUAUUUCUUAAAAGAGUUUUUAUAGAUAGAUGCGUGUAGGUAGUAAGAAUCUUCUCUGGUUGUCAGUAUUACAUCAGUUCUUAAAAAGCUUCUGACUGAAAACCCCUUGUUGUUGCAUCACAGUCUCAUAAAGAACAUGCUCAGGGUUGAUGUAAUGUUCAUUUUAUGAAGAAUUCAUCUCCAGAGGUACUAUAGCAGUCAUCAGAACAGAGAAAUUAUUCUUUAUCAGCUUGUUGAACUAUUUUAGGUCACUGACUCUGAUGCUGCUGCCUCAACAGAUGAUGACAGAAGAGAUAACACUGUCCACAACAAACUAAUAGAUCUACAGCGUCUUACUGAAGACACUGAAGAAUCUAAACGUUUGCAAGAACUACAGUCUGCUCUUUCCCUACUGCUACACCAGCAGCAGCAAAAUAAAAUGUUUUUAAGGCCACUGAGGGAAAAAAAGUCUAACUCUGCUUUGUGUGUAUUUGAGUUGAUGGCAUGCCAUAAAUCCAAAUAUCUACCCACCAACCAAGAAUCAAGCUGACCAGAUGGCACAACAAAACUUCCAUUUUCACAUAGACAAUAGAACAUUUGAAUUGGAUCAUGACCUCAGGUGUUUGUGCCAGACUUUGACCCUGAUGAUCCCAUGAUGGAUCCUAAAGUGACAGCCAACGUCGGAGCAAACUCUGAUGAUGAAUUUUCUCAUCAUCAGAAUGUUUUUAUUGUUUUCUGGUGUUUUUUCUUGCACAUGGGACAGUUGUAAAAUAAGUGAAUGUUGCAUUCUGCUUACAUCUUAAUUGAUUUAAAGGUUCAACAUAAAUCCUGGAAACCUUUACUCUUUCUGACUGCAGUGCAGAGUGAUUAGAUUUUUUUUGUUCCUUCCUCUCUCUGAUGUAGACUAAAUGGUGGCGAUGGUAGAAGCUGUACUGAAAUAUCCCUGUCUGCCUUAUCAGGUUCUUUGCUGCUGAUAGUCCAGCAAUGAACCACAUACACUGACACAGAUGUAUGACAUGAGCUGCAAAAUGGCUCUUCUAGCAUUUAAAAGCACUUCCAAAGUAGCUGAAAUCUUACUAACACAAAGGGGGAGAAAGCUAUUAAACUUGAAGAGUAAACUAAAGACUUUUCAGCCAAAUUUCAAAGGGCAAGCUAUAGUGUUGGGACCCAAACAGGAUAUCUUUCAAAGCACACACAUCAUAACAUAUGUUUGUGUUAUUUUAGGAAUGAACUAAUUCGUACACAUGACUAUAACUAACUGUGACUUUACAGGAAAAAAAAAAUGUUCUGAAAGCCCUGGCUAAUGGUUUGGUUCACAUAUCCAAGCUUCCAUCUUUUAAGGGAAAACUUUUUGAAAGUAAACUGAGUGCUUUUAAUAAAACGAAAACCUGAAAGCAGUUAAAAGUUCUUGGACCUUGGACUAAAGUUUUGACACUUUGAGUUCUUCUAAGUAAAGACUGAUGUCCAGAUAAAUUCCCUGGAACUGUAACGUUAAUUAAUACUCCAUCUGCUUCCGUUUGUCUUCUGCACGUUCACAUUCAUCCAGCUUUUAGAACUCACAAAAAUGAUGAUGUGUGAGUUAUUUUAGUGGGUGGGCGGAUGGAUGGAGGGAUGGAUGGAUGGAUGGAUGGAUGGAUGUUUGGAUGGAUGAAGGGAUGGAGGGAUGGAUGAAGGGAUGGAGGGAUGAAUGGAGGGAUGGAUGGAGGGAUGGAUCUGCUUGGUAGUUUUUUUUUGUUACAGAACUGAGUCUAUGAACAUGUUUAGACACCACCAAAAAAAUUAAUCACUUAUCAGUGCAUAUUCCUGUACUGAUAUUGGCUAAUAUGUUAUUGCUAACUACAUUAACAACAUAUUAGCCAUUUACUUGAUUGAAGGAGCUUCUUUAAAGUUAAUGGCCCCUUUUCCCAGCAUUUCCAACUAUUGCUGUUCCGUAAAAACAGUAAGAUUUGAAACCGAUGGACCUCAAUAAAUACAACUGAUCUGUUAUCUUAUUGAUAUCAAUUGAUGUGUGAUGCUGACUGACUUCCAUAACAGCUUUCCUGAAGCCAAAAAGGCUGCAAAAAAGCCUCAACAUUAUGAUAAUUACAGAUUUGUUUUCUGCAAUAGAGGCUUAUUCAAACACAUUAACAGUAUUUCUGCACAUAUUCGAGAAAAACUCUGUUUAGCUGUAUUUGUCAAGGCGAGGUGUGAGGGUACUGCGCUUACCAACUUAGAAGCUGUCUUAAUAUUUUGACUGGCAUCACACACCCUGAGUCGGGACCAAAAUAGCUCCGGAUACCGUCCUCAGAAACCCCCAUAAAUACGCUCUCAAAUAAUCUUACUGAGCUGCCUACCUACAAAUCUGCCAGUGUUGUAGCUUAUUCAAAUUUACCCACAUGAAUAUUUCAUUUUCAUUUCAAACUGCUUUUCAUCAUAAUUUCAGAUUCCUUAUUGUCGACUGAAACGCAGUGUCAGAAUGUCACUCUUAAAAUGCAUGCUGAGAUAAAUUAGCAAAAAAAAAAAAAAAAGAGGUGAAGACCCUAGAGUGUUGUAAUAUUUACAGAAGUGCUAUCUGAGACCUAAUUAGAUUGCAUUUUUAUAUAUUACCCAGAUUUGCUCCCAAAUAUCCUGAAGUGAGACCCCACUUCCCCCCCAAAAAAAUAAAUAAAUAAAUUAGCCCAGUUUUUAAACUACUUUGUUUUUCCUCCCAAAAGCCUUUGCAGUGAGCACAAGAGGGAGGCCUUCAAGCCAAGAUGACAGCACCGAACUGAGAGAAUCAAAGAGAGGCAAGCUAGUAAAUUUUUCAUCGAAGUCUGAGACUGACCAUGAAACAGGUUUGAUGCUGUCCUGGCUGCGAGGAGACCUCAGAGGCAGAGAGAAGGAACGACAAGAGUAGAUGUCCCUUUUCAAUUAGCCACAUACUGCUCAGAAACCUCACCCCAUUAAAUUCACAAGCCAUCGCCAAAGAGUUUGGAGCAACACAAGUGUCAUGGCACAGAUGUCCACUGGGGAGUUCCCUUUCCUAGUGAUGCCAUUCAUGGAGCGGUUGUUGACAAUGGGAGCAAUUGGCCUCCAAAUAUAGAGAUGGGGGUCACACUACUUGGCCUCCAGGGCCUUUCUUCGUGGUAUAAAUUGUCUGGCCAUGACAUCUCAGCACUUCUUGUUUUUGUACUCAGAGUCCGGCCCCCACGUAUUAAUCUGAGUUGACAAGAUGUGUGAUGACGAAGAGACCACUGCUCUGGUGUGUGAUAAUGGGUCGGGUCUGGUGAAAGCCGGGUUUGCGGGAGAUGAUGCACCACGAGCCGUGUUUCCUUCCAUUGUUGGUCGCCCACGUCACCAGGGAGUCAUGGUUGGUAUGGGCCAGAAGGACUCAUAUGUCGGAGAUGAGGCCCAGAGCAAAAGAGGUAUCCUGACCUUGAAGUAUCCCAUCGAGCACGGCAUCAUCACAAACUGGGACGACAUGGAGAAGAUCUGGCACCAUGCGUUUUAUAAUGAGCUGCGGGUUGCCCCUGAGGAGCAUCCCACCCUGCUCACAGAAGCCCCUCUCAACCCAAAGGCCAACAGAGAAAAGAUGACUCAGAUCAUGUUUGAGACUUUCAAUGUCCCUGCCAUGUAUGUGGCCAUUCAGGCUGUGCUGUCACUGUAUGCAUCUGGGAGAACCACAGGUAUUGUCCUGGACUCUGGUGAUGGUGUAACCCACAAUGUACCGGUUUACGAAGGUUACGCUCUUCCUCAUGCCAUCAUGCGUCUGGACUUGGCUGGUCGUGACCUCACCGAUUAUCUCAUGAAGAUCCUAACAGAGCGAGGAUAUUCUUUUGUCACAACUGCUGAACGUGAGAUUGUGCGCGACAUCAAGGAGAAGCUUUGCUACGUGGCUCUGGACUUUGAAAACGAGAUGGCCACCGCAGCCUCUUCUUCAUCCCUGGAGAAGAGCUACGAGCUGCCCGACGGCCAGGUUAUCACCAUCGGGAACGAACGUUUCCGUUGCCCAGAGACCCUCUUCCAGCCCUCCUUUAUUGGCAUGGAGUCUGCUGGUAUUCAUGAAACUACCUACAACAGCAUCAUGAAGUGUGACAUCGACAUUCGUAAGGACCUGUAUGCCAACAACGUCCUCUCUGGUGGGACCACCAUGUAUCCUGGUAUUGCUGACCGCAUGCAGAAAGAGAUCACUGCUCUGGCCCCUAGCACCAUGAAAAUCAAGAUUAUUGCCCCCCCUGAGAGGAAGUACUCUGUGUGGAUUGGUGGCUCCAUCCUUGCAUCUCUGUCCACCUUCCAGCAGAUGUGGAUCAGUAAGGAGGAAUAUGACGAGGCUGGACCAUCUAUAGUCCACAGGAAGUGCUUCUGAGGAACUUUAUUUUCUUUCUCUAACCAUCCUCUAUUAUCUUCCCAGCAAUUUACAUCUUGUCAAAGUCUAUGCUUAUGUAUUUGGAAUUUAUUGCAAGAUAUGUAUAUAUUUCAAAAUAAAUAAUUUUUAAGAA